UCUGUCUUUUUCUCUGUGUAUUUUGGAAGUGACAGACGCUCCAGAAGAACCAGCCAAAAUAUUUCCCAGUAAAUAAUAAAAGCGCAUAAACCACCAAAACGCAAUGGAGGAGAUUCGUGAUGUGCUCUUAACAUGGAGGCUGUCAAUGAUCGAGCAGACUUUGCAAUUGAUACAAGCUGAAAAUCUGACCAUAUUCCAUCUUCAGAAUAUUGAAGAGCCGGAGGUUAAUGAUCUGGUCACAACUUUGCCCUUGAAGGGCAAGAUCGAAUUCAAGGCCGGAUUGGCUAACUGGAGGAAGGAAAAUAAGACUGAGGCUUCAAAUUUAAGAGUCCAGGAAGAAUUUAACGAGCCCCUGGAAAAAAUCCUGGAGAAAUCUGUAAAAGGAAUGAACCUUUUAAAGGCCACAGAUAGGCCACUCAACACCGGCCAACAACGGGACCUUACUUGGCUGAUUUCUCACUCAUUCACCAUGAAAGGGAGGCUUUUGAAAAAGAGCGAUGGAGAGUUUUACGCCGAGGAAAUCAGUAAACUUUUCCCACAUGAAGAUCAGGGAAUUUAUUAUAGAGUUGUCAACGGUAGACCGCAAGGCAAAUUGUAUAACCGAGUUAAGAAUGGAUUUAAUAAGGAGGAGAAAAAUAGUCAAAUAGAAGAUGUCACUUGUGAUGCUGAGCAAGCUGUUGAAGCGCUUAUUCCAAUAGUCCAAAUGGAAACAGAUCCAGUUGAAAUGUCAAAACUGCACAUUUGGUUGAAACACCAUAAAGGCCCUUGGGAAAAAGUGAAAGAAAAUUGGGCGCAAACCCACGAACUCCGCCGUCGCCAUGUCACCGAGAUGGAUAGUGAAAUGGUGUAUUUGGAAUGGCCUUUGUUGAAACACUCCAUGGCGCCAUCCCUUAUUGAAAUUGAUUUUGCUAAAAUGUAUCCGGGGAAGGAGGAACAAUUGUUAGGGAAAUGGGAAUUGGCAGUACCAAAAAUUCUUGGAGUUUUGGAGACCGAUCUCAAAGACCAAAAUUGUAGAUGUCUCCUGGAGAAUAUCCGCAAAAACUCAGCAGACACCAACGCAGACGAAAUUAACAGUUGGAUAAUUCGUGCUUUGCACGGAAUCCUUCUGCCAUCCCAUAUUCCUGUGCACAAUAAAAAGAGAUUUAAGCCCACCAUCGCUGACUCUCAAAAAACGCUGCAUCUUGAACUAAAAAAUAUGGCAGACCUUAAAGACCAAGUCGAAAACAUCAAGAAAUUUGCUGUGGAGAAAAGGCUUAAGGUCCAACCGUUCGUAGUCUCUACAAGUACACAGUUUGGUGUGUAUUUUAAUGAUAUAUAUUUUAUGAGCGAUUCAUUUUUAUGCGCUGUCGAUCUAUGCUUCAAAAUAUUUUUUGUGCUGAAUUUGAAGUAUCCUCCACAGUGCAUUAAAGUAUGGAGGUUCCUUCAAUACUACUUCUACGAAAUUAAAGAUGAAGAAGAUCCAGCGACGUUAGCACUGAUUGCGCGCAUAAAUUUCAAUUGAAAAAAAAUCAAAAAUUAAAAUUUCGCAAUGAACUUGUAAAUAAUGAAAUUUCAUUAGAAUAGUUUUAUUAUUUUUGGCAUAGGGGAGACCGCAGUACAUUUAGCCUGCAAAUGAAACUUUUCCUUCGCGUGUAAUUUAAAUGACCAUGACUCCAAAAUGUAAACGUUGUCACAACGUUAAUUUAAUAGAAAAAAUGCAGAAAAUAAAUGUUUCUUACAUAUUAUCA